CUUUCAGGCUAGGUCCCGCCUUCCCUCAGCGUCAAGCCAAUGAUUUAUCACCAAAUCCAAGGAAGAAGUCUGUUUUGUUUGGUGACAACGAUCAUACUUGCAGCAAAGAAGUAGACAAGCAGGAUGGCGAACGCAGUUACCAAGGAGAUCUCCUAUGAGGAUCUAAAGGCGCUUCUGGGAAAGAGCCAGAAUCUCCUUCUGGUUGACGUUCGUAGCCAAGAGGAAGUGGAUAAAGGACGUAUUCCAGGAUCCAUCAGCAUCCCACUUAAUACAGUACAGGCUGCUUUUACAAUGGAGUCAGAAGAAUUCAAGGCCAAGUACGGAGUAACCAAGCCACCGUUGGACACAACAGAGCUGGUCUUUCACUGCCAACUGGGCAGGCGAGGGGCAGCGGCCACGAGCAAGGCCUACGAACUUGGAUACCUUAAUGCACGCAAUUAUACCGGAGCAUACAAGGAGUGGUCUGAGAAAGAGGGAAAGUGAUUUGUAUUGAAGGCAAAACAUCAUAUAUAUUUAACAUCAUAUUUAUUUAUACACCCUGCGACCCGAUCCCGGAUAAGCGGAUGAAGAUGGAUGCAUAUAUUUAUACAAAUAACCAUUUUGAAAGCUAGACCGACAAAAUAGAGAACAUUUCUUAUGUUGUGUUUAUCUUUUGAUAUGUUUUUUUUUUCCCACUACAUCAGAGGUUUUCAAAGUGAGAGGUGGGCCUCCCCAGGGGGAGCAUCAGGGGAGCAUAAGGGAAUGGAAGUGAAAAGUUGUUACAUUAGUUAUCAAAACGAGUUCUCAUGGAAUAGUCUAAAUGUGUGUGAUUUGGUUAAAGAGAUAGUUCAGAGAUAGAGGAGGGAAUUUUUACUUUUUCACCUGCUUUCCCAGAGUCAGAAACUAAUAAAUGUCUUAGGACAGACCUUUUUUUAAGAAUUUGUUGUAGUCUGAAGUUAUGUCAAACAAAAAUAUUAGGCAAUCUUGGCUUAAUUGUUGAGUGUUUAAAUAACAUAAUCAUGAUGUCUUGAAAAAGGGCAGGGUGUGAGGGAGGGGGUCUUUUUCCAAGCUUUGUUUAAGGGAGGCCCAGAGUCUCAGGCUUUGAAAAUCCCUGCACUACAGCAUUGUAUUGAAAAUGUAUGAAUAAGUACAAAUAAAAUAAACAAUGUUUUCUACUCAAAUGUA